AUGCUGUUCAGGUGCAUUCGUGUGGUGCGCCCACUCGCCCUCCACACGCGUGGAAUGUCCAUGAGGACAGUGGUCAUAGAGCACGGCGUCCCUUUGUCACUAUACUACUUCGUCACAAAUGAACUCCUCGUUUGCCUGCUGACGUGCUUGCUGCACUACGGUUACUUUGGCCAAGAGGACCUUAUUGGGUUUUUAAAAUCUGUCGGCGCCUCAAAGUACGUCGAUCUAAACUCCAUUGAGGGCAAAAGCUGGUCAUUAUUUGGCGGACAGCUUGUUGUGAGCGCGCGACUGGUCGCCAACUUCACGGCUGCAUCCUUGUUUAUGUCGCUAUGGACACCCGUUCAGCUGCCCAUUUGCAUUGCCACCUAUCCGUAUCUGAAGCGCUUCAGUCAGCGCUUGAUGAAAAGUGGUCCUGUUUCUAAACCGAUUUAG